AGCUGCUGGCUUGAGCCGGAUAGAACAUUAGUUGCUGCAUGGCUGAAUUGUGCACCUUUCUGACUCGCGGCCUCUCAACUUGAUCCAGACAAAAGGCUUCAAAUCAUGCAACCUGUCAUCCCGCACAGAUGAAUGAGUGUUCAACAUGUGUUUCAGCCAGUCAGAUCCCCCGCGCGGUUGCGGCCCAGGGCCAGGGCCUCCCCAUGGACUCGGUCUUUGCAUGGGUUCAAGGUCUUGGCAGCUCCGAGCUGAAAGUGCACGAGGUGGAUGAUGAGAGUGCCAAAUGCCGGAUCAAGAUCGUGCCCGCGCUGAGCGACAACUACAUGUACCUGGCGGUGAACGUUGAGACGCGGGAGGCGGUGGCUGUGGACCCCGUGGAGCCGCAGAAGAUCUUGGAGCUCUGCAAGUCCCUGGAGGUGAGGCUGGUGGCGGUGCUGACCACGCAUUACCACAGCGAUCACUCAGGCGGCAACAAAGCGCUGUCGGAGAUGGUGCCGGAGCUGGAGGUAGUGGCCGGGGAGCUGGACGCCGAUCGCACGCCGGCAGUGACGCGGCGGGUGAAGGACGGCGAGACCUGCAGCUUUGCAGGCCUACCCUUCCGAUGUCUUGCUACGCCCUGCCACACCGUGGGCCAUGUCUCUUUUGUGCUGGAGCAGGAUCCACCGAGCCUCUUCUGCGGGGACACGCUCUUCGUGGCCGGGUGCGGGCGCUUCAUGGAGGGCUCGGCCGCCACGAUGCAUCAGAGCCUCCAGGCGCUGGUGCAGCUGCCGAAGAAGACCCGGGUCUUCUGCGGCCACGAGUACACGGUCCCGAACCUGGAGUACGCGCUGAGCCUGGAGCCCGGCAGCGCCGUGCUGCGCGGAAGGCUGGAGGAGGCCAAGGAGCGGCGGAAGGCCAAGGAGCCCACGGUGCCCUCCACCUUGGAAGAGGAGCUGCAGCACAACCCCUUCCUCCGGUGCCACGAGCCGCAGCUGGCGCGGGCCGUUGGCCUGGAAGCUUCCGAUGUGACCGAGGUGCUGGGCAAGCUGCGGCGAGGAAAAGACACCUUCACUACGGUGGGGUCCAUCAUUACGCUGGCCUUGGAUGUCAAAAGCUACUUCAAGCCAGUAGAAACUCCAGAAAUCUCAGUUUGAAGGCGAGGGUCCCUUUGGUUUUCAGACCUGAGCCGCCGUGCCAAAGUCUUUGCGCUUUGGGAUGAAGACACAUGUGUUGAUUCAUUGUUUGAUAUUGUGAACUCAAAUGAUAGGGGUUGACGAGUCAACCAUUUUGAAGCCUGGACUCUCGCUCUUUUAACCUAGAAGGGCGCCGCCCGAAUUCGCAGCAGAGAUGUGACACAGAAAGUCCGACUUCAGCGCGC